CCGGGAGAAUUUUGCAAGACCACCGAGCGACUUGAUUGUUCGGUCAUUGAAAAGCAAACCGGAAAAAUGUUUCGGAUCAACUUUUUGCGGGAUGCAUCAUUGUACGUGUGACUGCUUUCGAUGCACAGUUUUACUGUAUUGCGUUAUCUUCAGAACCAUCCGCAAUGAAAAAUAUUUCUUAUCUUCGGUGCUCUCUCUCUCUCUAAUCGUGUCAACGAAGCCUCUGGUUGGUGCUAUGGAUGGUCAACAACGUGGGCGUUACCCUUUUAAACAAGGCAGCUUUCGCAAAAGUCGACUUUCAUUACCCUUAUUUUCUUUCCUUUGUGCAUAUGAUUUGCAACUCCGUUGGUAGUCAGAUAGUCUUCAUGAGCAUGAAACGAGACGAAGAAACUGGUCAAAGCAGUAUUUUUCAGCGCCUCCUCGGCAAAGUCGAACGAAAAAGCAUUGACAGCACCGGAAUGCGAAGCAUUAUCGCAUUUUCAGUAAUUUUCUCAUUCAAUAUUGCUAUCGGGAACGUCUCGCUAAGGCACGUCUCAGUAAAUUUCAACCAGGUGAUGCGUUCCUUAGUUCCUGCCGUUACGAUUAUAUUGGGUCUAUUCAUUGGGAAACAAAUUUCCUCUAAUCGGAUUGUUGCUGUCAUCCCAGUUAUUAUCGGUGUCGCUAUGGCAGUAUGGGGGGAUAUGACAUUUUCGACAUUGGGAUUUUUCUAUACUUGUGCAUGUGUCCUCUUAGCCGCCUUGAAGGUUUUGGCGUCGGGAGAAAUUUUGACAGGGUCUUUAAAGCUUCAUCCUGUUGAUCUGCUCGGUCAUAUGGCACCACUGGCCAUGGUCCAGUGCAUUGUUUUAAGUUUCUUGACGGGAGAAGUCAGUUCGAUCUCAGCCCGUCCAGAGAUCUACAAUAAUUACUAUCCUAUUGGUGUAGUUCUGAUGAGUGGUAUAUUCUCAUUUUCACUGAAUAUUUGUUCUCUCAUGGCAAAUAAAAUGACAUCACCAUUGACACUCUGGUAUGUGACUCUAUUCGUCUCCUUUACAUUGUUUUUUCCACCCUCGUCUCACAAAAAUCCUUUUCUUUCUUGUUCAAUCAGCAUUGCUGCAAACGUGAAACAGGUUCUGAUGAUUUGUAUUUCGACAGUUAUAUUUUCUACUAAAAUUACACCGAUGAAUGGUUUUGGAAUUGUUGUGGUUUUGAUGGGAUCGGCUCGAUAUUCUUAUAUUUCGGUCUUAGAGAAGCAAGCAGGACAAAAGAUGAGUAAAGAAAGCGGCGAAGCUGACAUAGAACAAUCUAUCAAUGACAAUGAAGAAGAAGCCGUGGACCAUAUCUCCCCAAGAAAGGAGGACAUUGGAUCAUUCAGAAAACGAUAGAGCAAACCAUGUAUACGAUAAUGUAUCACCCAAUUAACAAUAGAAUGUAUUCAAAAUC